CUAGAGUCUAGACCAUGACUUCUCUUCUGGUUUGUUUCUAUUUCAGCAUGAAUCUCAAUCUUUGGGAAGGAAUGCAGUGUAUUGGAAUCAAUGCUGCUACAAGUUGUCACUGAAACCCCAUCUCCAUAGUUGAAGCUUGUAAGAGAUGGUCAGUUUCGCUUCAUCCAUAGAGAUGGAGGAUUAUGCAAUGGUUAGGAGUACCUGGUUCUAUAUGGAAACAGAGGAUGUAUAUGGAAGUGAAGAACAGUCAGAUUUGGAGAAAGCAAUUGAAGCUGAUGCUGCGGAGUUGGAGCCUCAAUUAGCAGAUGGGGACGCUGAGACACAACAAUCUGCCACCUCUGAGCAAUUGCAUAGUGAUGAUGAGGAUAUUAAGGAUGUGGAUGAUUUUGGAGAAGAGAAUUACCCGCAGCCAAACAGUAGUAGUGCUUCUAAGGAUGCAAGCGAAGCAGGAACAACGUGUGGAAGCACUGAUGAAACACAAAUGUUGCCACGUAUCGGGAUGAAAUUUGUUGACUUAAAAGCAGCAUAUUCUUUCUAUAGUAAUUAUGCCCGCAUGCAAGGUUUUGGUGUUCGCAUAGAUCGGACAAACCUAUCAAGGAAAAGGGAAUCAGAUGGUUCAAGGCAGGUUCUGUCAAAGAGGUUUGUAUGUUAUAAAGAAGGUUUCCGAAAUGACAACCACAAGCGACAGAGGGGAAAAGAGGUGCGUCGCCGAGCAGAGGUUAGAGUUGGUUGUCCUGCAUUUGUUAUGGUUAAAGCAACUUCUAAUGGUUGGGUAGUUGAUAAAUUUGAAGCAGAGCACAAUCACCCAAUGGUUUUUCCAGGCCAAACAUCCAGGCUCCGAUCGCACCAAAAUUUGACCGGUAAAAGUUAUAUGGGAAGAAAUGAAAGGAAGAUCGUUGCUGAUGACUGCCAGGCUGUUCUAGCAUAUUUUGACUCCAUGCAAGUUAGGGAUCCCGGAUUCAUUUAUUCUAUCAAUGUAUCAGAUGAUGGAAUGGUCAGUGGAAUUUUUUGGGCUGACAGCAAAGCUAGGUCUGCUUAUGAAGUGUUUGGUGAUGUUGUGGUGUUUGACACAAUGUACAAGACGAAUCGGUAUAGAUGGCCAUUUGGGCUGUUUACUGGCGUGAACCACCAUGCUCAAUCUAUUCUGUUUGGAUGUGGUUUAGUUGCGAAUGAAACAAAGGAGUUAUUUGAGUGGCUGUUCAAGGCAUGGAUGAAUGCAAUGGGAGGCAAGGCACCAAAGUCCAUUAUUACUGUUGAGUGCACCGGUAUUAUACCUGCAGUGAGCAAUGUUUUCCCCCAAAUAGUACAUCGCAUUUGCUCACGGCAAAUUGCAAAGCAUGCCCUAGAGCACCUUGGUGCCCUAUGGUACCUAAACCCUGAUUUUAAGAAGGAAUGGAAACAGUGCAUUUAUCGUUCAGGGACAGAGGAAGAUUUUCUAGUUCGUUGGGAAGCAAUGAUAGUGAAAUAUAAUUUGAAGGACCACUUGUGGUUGAGGGAUAAGUUUGCCUUAAAGGAGUAUUGGGUGCCUUGUUAUUUACGAGGCUCAUUCUUUGCCGGAAUGAGGUCGACACAGCGAAGUGAGGGGAUGAAUUGUUACUUCCGGUGGUAUUUCAAGGACAAUAUGACGUUAUAUAGGUUUGUCAAGCAAUACGAAAGGGCUGUAGCUAGGCGUAGAAAGAAGGAAGCUGAUGCAGAGUUCAGAACAUUCACCCAAUUACCUCGAUUGUCCUCACAAAGUCCACUUGAAGAGCAUGCAGGAAAGGUGUACACAAGUCGGGUGUUUGAGAUUUUUAAGAAACAUUUCAAUGAGAGCAUUAGCUUAUCUGCCCAUGAGGAGUUAGCUGAAGGGCCAGUUCGGAAGUUUAAGGUGGGGCCUUUUAAGAUUCCAAGUGAGCAGAGAUGUGUGGUGGAAUACAACUCCUUGGAGGAAGAGGUGUGUUGUAGUUGUCAUAUGUUUGAGUUCGUGGGGUUGGUGUGUAAGCAUGUGUUGAAGGUUCUACAGAUGGUUGAUCGUGACAGUAUCCCCUCUAAAUACAUUCUAUUUAGGUGGACGAAAGAAGCAAGGUGUGGGUUGCCGGUUGAUUGUAUUCCAGAAUUUUCCCCUGCUACUAUAACAACAAGAUCACUAUGUGGCUUAUCACAUGCUGUCAAGAAUAUGAUGGCUAUGGCAUGCUCAUCCCAGGAAUGUUCUGAAGUUGCUAUGGGAACAUUACAAGGGUUGACUGAGAAGCUUGCCACCAUGGUACAAAAUGCUACUGGAGUUGGGGUUGGUGAUUCCACUAUAGGGACUCAAAAGUCCACCGUCGAAUCAAUGCCCGAAGCACAUAAGCAUUUGAAGAUGCCUCCUCCAUCCGUGAAUCGUGGCUGGCCAAGUCAAGACCAUCAGAAACCUCCAAUGGAGCAAAGCAUAGGCAAGGGGAAGAACAGGUGUAGUAUAUGUCGCAACAUUGGGCAUAACAAAACAAAAUGCGAAGCAGUAACCAAAGAGACUGGUGAAGCUGUAUUGAAUAGGGGUUUGGUGGUGUAUGAGGAACCCUCUGAAACACGGCAAUUAUUUAUUAGGUUUGGAGAUGUGGACUGAGAGGUAUGGGGGCUGUCCUAUGAUUGGUGCAAUCAAAGGUAGACUGACCAGUUGAGCUUUUAGGCGAAUAUGUAGAGAAGUUAAUUUACUAAAUUACUGAAUCUUGACUGUCAAGGUUCCAGCUUUGAUGAAAUUUAAUCUAGGUCACCAAGGGCUCUUUAAUCUUACUUGUGAA